AUGGUGGAAAUGGUGUCUAAUGUGAGAUUGCACCCGGAUAUUGGCGAAGUCACACAUCUCAAGCGAAAUGAAGGUGUCAGGUUAGUGAUUUUUCAAUAUUUUCACGGAAUGAAUGCAUAACAUUCCUACGCAACGAAUAACAGUGCAAACAUUCCAUUCUUAUCAUUUUCCUAUUCGAAAAAAAAACCAAUUCCCUUUUUCAGAUGCUCCAAACGUGUUCUAGACGGAAUGUGUUUGCAAAUGGCUACAACAUCAGCUUGUUCAUCGACUUCGUCAAUUUUGAAUAAUAACAAUAAAUCAGCAUCGAAAUAUUAUCCUCAAGGUGAGCAUUUUCUUAGAAAUAUCAAAUGGGACCUUUCAAAUUUCUUUUUUUUUCAGAAAAUGAGAAAGUAUUUUUUUUUCAGAAAAUGAGAAAGUAUCGUGUAAUCAUGAUCCUUGUUCGUCAAACUAUUCGUCAUAUGAUCAUCAUCCGGUUAUUUCGAUAAUUGGUCCUUUGUAUGCGCCAGAUGAUUUUGAUGUUCUUGAGCCGCUUGGUGAAGGAUUCUUCAGCAAAGUUUACAAGGUUUUGUUUUGUUGUCCUUGGUCAUUGAAGAAGUUAAGCCGAUAAUUGAGGAUUGUUUUCUUUUUUUUGCAGGUUAAACAUGUGAUGACUGGCGAAAUAUUUGUGUUGAAGAAGAAUAAACCGACAGGUGGAUCUAGAAGGGCAUCGCAUGCUGACGCGGCAAGAGAAGCUGCUAUGAUGAGAAAAUUGAAACAUGAAAAUAUUUUGGAAUUGAGAGGAAUUUGUAUUUCGCGCGAUGAAACGGGAAAAUGGGAUGCGAAUUUGUUGGUUUCGUAUUGUCAAGGGGGAAGUUUGUCGAGUCUGAUUCUUGAUAAACAAGUUCAAUUGACAUGGGCGAAACGAGUGAAAUAUGCGAAAGAUAUUGCGUGUGCAAUGGAAUAUAUUCAUGGACAGCAAAUUAUUCAUCGAGAUUUGACAUCUUCGGUAAUUUUUUGAAUGAAAAAUAAAAAGCAAUAUACAAGUCCGAUUCUCUUCUUUUCAGAACGUCCUAAUUUGUAACGAUAAUCGCGCAGUUGUUGCUGAUUUCGGUUUAUCUUGCCCAUUCCCAGAACAAGGUGAAAAACUCGCACAAGUCGGAACAACAUAUUUCAUGAGUCCCGAAUGUCUCAAAGAAGAAUUCUAUGAUGAAAAAUCCGAUGUUUUUUCGUUCGGAAUUAUUCUGUGUCAAAUGAUUGCUCGUGUUGAUGCGGAUCCGGAUGGCGGUUUGCCAAGAACAAGUAAAUUUGGUUUCGAUUAUAUGCUUUUCACUCCUCUUUGCCCAUUGGAUACUCCUAUUGAGUUGUUGAAAUUGGCAUUCAAUUCGUGUGUUAUGGAUCCGACGGCUAGACCGAGAUUUGUGGAUGCAAAUCAUAAAUUGUCGGAAAUUAUGACACUUUUACCACAAAUUGUUGCAAAUUCGAAAAAUGUUGAUGGAUUGUUAAGAGAUGGUGAGUUUUUUUUCGGAAAUUUUUUUUCAUGAACUAAUGUUUUUUGAUUUUCCAGGCAAAGAAUCUCGUUUGGGUCGAAGUCGUUCUGAUGCUGCACUCAAACGCCCAAAAUCUCUAGCAUCAACAACACGAAAACUUUCAACAAACUGGAAUACAAUGACAGUUCGACCAGUAAUUGAAGGAGAAGUCAUUGAAGAAACAUCAACGAUGGCAAAUCGAAUGGAAGAAUUAGCGAGACACGUGGCAAGAGAUGAACCCGAAUUCAGGCAUAUCAAUCCAUUUGUUGGCCAUGAAAGAUUCCGAAAUGAACGGAAAAUUUUGCCACCAACGAGAAUAUUCGAAACGCCGAGAAGAAGAAGUGAAACGAAACCGGAUGGAUGUUCGAGUAAAAUAAAGAAUGAUAAUGAUUCAAUUUCAAAUACAAGUACAAUAAAUACACCACGUAGAAGAUGUCUUUCAAUGCCAUGUUCUAUCAAUGAUACAUUUGAAAAUGGACAUUAUACAUCAUUUUCAUAUGACGGAACGUUUAAUUCUGGCGGAGUUGAAGACGAUGAUUCCGAAUAUAUUGAUGCUAAUUCAUCUCCAGCAAGUGGAAUUCCAAUGGCAUAUCGAGAUUUUGACAGGGUGAGUUGAGGUUUUCCAAAAAUAAAUUGGCCCAAACUUGAGAUUAUCCUAGACUGUAUUUUUCAGAAAUUCCUCAAACAAAUGAUCCGUUUUCCAUCUCGUCGCCAUACAAUGCAUCCAGAUAUUGUCCAAAAUUCAACAAAUUCAAGUUUCGAACUUUCAAAUUGUCAAUGUCCAUCACCAACAGUUUCAAAGUCUUCAGUUCGUAGAUUUGUUGGAGGAAAAGACUCACAAGUUCAAGAAUGUUAGUUUUUUCUAAUUUUUGGAAAUUUAGACAUUUUUUUUCAUUAAAAAUAUUAUAGAAAUUUUUUUGAGAAAAUAUCUCCCGAAUUUCAGACGUGAAGCGUCCAUCAACUUUUCCAAAUCGCCAAGUUUCAAUAAUUUCUGAAGAAUCAAUUGAAAAACAAAACUCGAUUGUUACAUUCAAUGAAAAAACACCAAAACGAAAAGGACGUCGUGUUUGUACUCGGAGCUCACAAGAAUGCUCAAUUUUAUAA